ACACAAAAUGGCUACAAAGAUAUGAAGUGUGUUCCAACUGUGUUAAAUUUUGUAUUUUACAAAGUCAUUUGACUAUAAAACUAAUGUCCAAUAACCAUGGAUAGUGGAGAUUCAUUGAUAGACCCAGAAGCGGAAGUUCGCAAACUCCAAGAUCUAGUCAAAAAGCUUGAAAAGCAAAAUGAAGUGCUUCGUUCUAGACAAAAAAACAAUUCCGAAAAUGUUCAGAACGGUGAAAUCGAACAUGGGAAAUUGACUUUGCAUCAUAAUAACAAUAUUCCCGACACCUUAAAUCUAAAGAAUCAACCUGCCGAAUCAGGGGAUGAUUCUGAAUUGGUUGAUAUCGAAAAUCUUUCAAUGAAAGAUGAAGAAGACAGUUGGUUAUACUCAUCUCCCAAACCUGCCACACCUUCACAGAACAGAGUUAGUCCAUACAAAUGGGUUCGGCAAGAAUUUGAGCAUCCAAGUCCAGAGGUGGAAUCCGUGAAGAGGUCCUUAAUUUUUAAACUUGAUGAAGCUGCCAGAAUGAGUAGGAGUUGUAGUACACCAGUAUUUGGAAGUUACAGUACACCAAGGACUUAUAAUACAAAGAUGAGUCAUUCUGCUGAUAGUACACCUGUCAUGCCUGUAUACAAUAACAAACCUGUCAUCAGGAAAUCAUUGGCAACGUCUUAUGGAAGUAAUAUUGGAAUGGGUAAAAAUGUUGAUACUGGAACAUUUACCAGACCUAAACGAACCAGACCUCAAGUAAAUGAUAUGCUACCAGAUCAUGCAAAGCUUCCGGAAGAAUCAGACAGUACAGAUAGUAAAAAUCAUCCAAACGUUUCAGAUAUAGAAAAUUUAGCAAAAUUACAAGAAGAGAGUUUACGGCAAAGUAUGUCACAGUCUUCACCAAGAAGAGCCCCAAAACCACGGCAGAUUCCUCAAUCUGUUAACACAGAAAAUGAUAACCAUGUGGGGAAUAGAUGUAGCCCAAACAAAUUUGACGGUGAGAGACAUCUAAGUCAGAGUAAUAGUUUAGGUUCUGAUGCCAGUAGUCCUCCUGAUAGUCCACAUGCUAGUAAUCAGUAUUUAAAUAAUUAUAAUAAUAAUCAAGAAAAUCCAGGUUUAAGAAGAAGUUACCAAAAUGUAUCAAGAUUACCACAAACAUCUGGACAAUAUGGUAGUGACCCUUAUUUAGACAAUUAUUCCUCUGGCGGUAGUGAUGACUGUGAACAAACUGUAUCUCCAAAAGUGCGUCAAUAUUCACGCCUUCAAGCACCUGGUCGGCCAGGAUCGCCUAAUGUUAGUGGUUUAAGACAGCCUAGUCCUAGAGGGCCUUCACCUCAAAGAACUGGCCUCCCAACACCAUCAAGAAGAACUAUACCACGGCCUGGAAGUAGCAAGCUUGCAACUCCUGUUAGAAGAAGUGGAUUACCUGCCCCUAGAUCAGCGUCUUCCCAACGCCAUGAUGACAGUUGGAAAGAAGGAUGUUUUUGAUGUAGAUAUUUCACAAAUGGCAUUUAUUUAUUGUUUAAUAAUGCUCAAAGCUGUAUUAUAAAACCUUGAAGGAGGAUAUAAGGCUUAGCUAUUAUAAAUCAUCAAAUGUUUUGCAGAAGACUUUGAGCUGAAGUGUUCAUUUAUCUUACGUCAGAUUAAAUUACAUACAAGUAUACAGUAAUAAUGUGACAAUCUAGUUUUCUUAGGGAAAUUAAAAACAAUUGACCCUAUAAUUCAUAGGCACUUGUUGGAAUGGAAAACUGCAGUAAGGUGCCCUUUAAAACAUUGGUCUUAUAACACCAAGGUUAAAACUAUAAGUUUUCUAAGAGGACUAAUGAAACUGUCUCCAUUUAUAGUUUGCUUUGAAAGAUAUGUCAAUGUGUUGUUGGAUUUUUAUUUAUAGAUCAGAAUAAUUUCUCUUGGAUAAGUUAGAAAAAGGUACAUGGACAGUCACAUUUGACAUUUUUUUACAUUGAAAAUAAAUGUAUAUUAAAUCCCUUAUAAAACAAAACAGAAUAAAAGAAUCGAAGUAUGUAAUUUUAUGAAUAACUAGUUUUGUGAUAACCUUAAGGAUUACCUUCAUAAAAUAUGAAUUGAUUUUAACCCAUAUAUAGAGCACAUUGAUUGAGUGAUAUUAUUUGUUUAGUGGUAAAUAUUUUUACACCAUACUAACCAAUUGACAGAUUGUCAGUUCUUCUCUGUCUGUAUUAUAUAUUUAUGGUAAUGUGACUGUUUUUGUCAUCUGACUGAUUUAUUUCUCAAUGAAAAACAUGUUGGUCAUUAAUUUGGAUGAUCUGAGUUAUACUGUGAUAAAAACUUUAUGUUGUCCAAGUUUUCAACUUUGACCUUGAACUUAAGGUGCUAUAUUAUUUUCUUAUUAAAUUUUACAUGUUUCUUAGUUUUUGUUGGACAUGUCGGAUCUUGUGAAAUGUUUGUUUGGUAGCUUGUUGGUAUUUAAUUAAAACCUCUCAUUAUGUUUUUAAUUAGGCCUAAAUAAAAAUAAGCUUUUCGAUCAACCCUUUAUUCCAAUGUUUCUAACAUCAUCAUUUAUCAACACUAUCCUUAAAUUCCAGAUUCCCUGUACUCCUUUUUUUACUUUCGAAAUUUCACUCAUAAAAUGAUUUUUUCUGAACAUGGUUGCGUUCAAUAUCGUAGUGCUAUGUAAAUUUUUGCAUAUUGAACAUGUAGCUAGCCUAUAGCUUCUACAUAGAUAUUUAUUGCAGCUAGACAAAAUUUACGUAACUUCUACGAUAUUAAACGCAACCCAGUUUUGAUAUGCUAAAGAACACAAAUAUUGAUAUUAAACAUAAAACAAAUCCAUUUCAUUGUUCUUUACUAAUCAGUAGGAUUGAUCAAUGCUUAAAUAUAUCAUAAAGUGCUAUAUAUUAUUUAUUACUUAGACUAUUCCAUAAAAAUGGGUGCUGGAGGAAAGGUUAGGAGAAACUUUAAAAAAUCCACAUAAGAAUACAACAUACUGUCUUUUAGUAGUGGUAUAUACAUCACAUAGUCAAACAGGUACAACCUUAAAGACCCUCAAUCCAUGUUUAUAAAAAAUGGUUGCCCUCCCCCAUUCAUUUAAAUGGAAUAUCCAAAAGUAUAAUAACAUCACACAUUCUCAUAUACUAUGUACUAAAUUAAAUUAUUCAUAAAUCACUCUUAUGUUCUUGUUCAAAAGUGAAUGAGUGAAGGUUUGAAAGGGGAUUUGGAUAUUUUUUGUGUAAUUGUUUUUCCCAAGAAUUUCAAUUUUAUAUCUAUUAACAGUAAACAAUACAGAUAAAAACAGUAUAUUAUUAUGAUUAAGGAUAAACAACAUACUGAAUCUGUCAGUUGAAUCAAAGGCACAUAAUAAGAAGUAAACACCAAUGAAGAAGAUUUUCUAAACAGAAAGUGUUCUAAAAAUGUUCGAAAGAAAAUCUUUUAAUUCAUUGUCUAGAUUUUGUAAAGGAUAGCCUACUGUGUAUAUGUCAUACCUAUUUUAUCAACCAUACCCAAUUAUAUAGAUUUUUAUAGUCCAUGUGUUUUUUCCUUUAUUCAUGUUUUAAAUAUGUGUCCUAUGAAGACUGGGGAGAUAUAUAUGUAAAUUAUUUGAACUUGCCAAAGUAUGGAAGCAUAAAUGUGCCACAUGUUAGUUAAAUUUUGGUGAGAAAAUGUUAGUGUUAAUCUUACCAGAGCUAAAAGCUGGGAAUCAAUGCAAAAUUCCUCAUAUUAAUAAAACUUCAACUUAGAUUUAGAUACAACACAAAAAAUAACAGCAGAUGUUCUUAAUUCUAUUCACAGGCAUUCAAAAUCUAGUUUGUUUUCAUGUGGAGAUGACUUGUCAGACACUGAUUAAGCCAUUUUAAAUAGGCCGUUUCAGCCAUAUAUCCCUAAACAAAAGCAUGAAUUGUCAUAUAAAAGUUUGGGGGAAGGGGUGUUCCAAGCCAUGGAACACCCACUGGAUCUGCCACUGAUUAUUCAAGAUGAUUGACCUUAUUUUUAAGAUUAAGAUAUAAAUAUAUAUAGCCAAGAGGUUUUGAAAUACUAUUAAUAUUCUUCAAAGAUUAUUGGGAAUGGUGGCACUAUUUGCUUUCCAUACCAAACUACAUGUAUAUACAGUAUGAAAUGUUUAUUUAUGCUUGUAAUUUGUAUAAAUCGAAAAGGAACCCUGACCUCAAAUUACUAUUUUUGUACUUUUUAUUUCAUUUGUAGUUAUUAUUAUUGAAUAUAAUUUUGUUAAAAGUUAAGUUUAAGUUAAUGUAAUUAGUUGUUGUAGUAGAAAAGUUAUUUUUGUAUAUUUAGUUAUAAAUUGAUUGGUGGAAUUCAAUUUAUACAUAAACACCAAAUUGUGAUAAGUUGGAAUAUUAUCUUUAUGCUUCUUUUAAUAUGUUGCAUACUAGUAGCUUUUAGUUCUUAACCAUAUAUGAAGCUGAACUAAAUUUACCUUUCAUUACCAGUUCAUGGUAUCCUUGUGUCUGUCAACUGUCAAUUCAUUUCAGUUAUCAUGGUUAUAUGUUCUUGUUGCAGUUAAUUCCAAAUUAUUUCUGCAUUAUCAAACAUUCCCUCUUUCCCAUGGGACAGUUCUUAAGUUUCAACCUGGACCAUAAACUUUGCUAUACCUUCUUCAUAAGAAAUGAAUUGUUUUCUUAACUUCCAAUAAAUACUUGCUAAUAGAUAUCACGUUAAUCAUAGCAACUGUCAAUUAAUUUCAAAAUUUAACUUGUUAUAUGCUUAUACUUUGUGAUUUAGCUUUUUCUUCUCAGUGCAAUAUUUGGUUGAGAACUGCUGUUAUACUGUCAGAUUCUAGAAUUACUAAUGUAAAUCUUUUGGUCAAUAGCUUUUUUGCUGUACAUUUAAUAAAGGGUUGGUGGCCUGGCAAUAUAACAUGAAAGAAAAAGUAGUUUUUAUAAUGCAUUGUUCAUACACUUUUAUUUGUUGUGGAAUGCUGUUCAAUGUAUUAUUUUGUUAAGCUUUAUAAAACGAUAUCCAUACAACAUCAAUUCUAUGCAUAUUUGUGGUUUGUGUUACAUGUUUAUGUCAUUGUAGUAAAAAAGUUUUAAAUACAUGUAUCGACUAUUUGAAAUAUAGCUAGGAAAAUAUAAUAUAUGAAGAUUCACAAGAUCACAUCAUUUGGUUAUUUAAAGCAACAGAAUGAACCUCACCAUAAUCAAUAUUUGAUAAUGAAUUUACCAAUUAAUUCUGUAGUAUAUUAAGUCCUCAACAGUUAAUUCUAACAUAGAAUUCAGAAUUUUAUUUUGAUUAGUAGAUUUUUCUUUCAUGAAUGUGGACCUUUUCAUUCUUGCUUAUAUUUAAAUGAAGGAUCUUGUUUCAAAUAAAAGGUAUAAUUUCAUAUCUAUAUGUCUAUGUUUGAUUCAUGUUGAUUGAAAGAUAUGAAAGAAAUAAUAUGAGCUUUGAUUUUCACCAGAGAAAAUGAAAAUGUGUGUAAUGAGUAUUAUAUAUAUAUGUGUGUAAAUUUGUAUGUACAAGAAUACAUCUUUUAUAUAAGGUUCUGUAAAGUAGGCAAGUCCUAUAGCUAGGAAUAAAAGACAUGCAUAUAUAUGUUUAAUGUGACAACAACCCAAAAACAAAUAACCUACCAUUACAAUUAGAAAAUUGGAUAUUACUUUGCUUUAAUAUGAAUAAAAUAAUUUAUUGAGAUGAUAAGAUGAAAUAACAAGUAUACCCUCACUCUAAAAUGGCCUUGUAUAUCUGGCUGUCUAUCCAUCCAUAGACUGUCAUUUCAUCUGACAAAUCUUAAAUUGUUCAGCACAUAUUUCAUAAUUACAUUCAGAUUGAGCCUUUACUGUUUAUUUUUUCAAACAUAUCAAAUGGUCAAAACAUUAUCAAUGAUAUGUUAUCAGAAAAGGUUCAUUUUACAAUGCUAUAAAACAUUCUAUGGACUCGUAAAAUAAGACCCCUUAGCAUUUGGAGUAGAAGAUUUUAAAUAAAAGAUAAAAAGAUUUAAAUUUAAUUUAAAAGAACUUUCAUUAGUUGAAAACAAAUAAUAUUAACUUUAUUGGUAAAGUAAGGCUCUUUAUACAUAAGUGGCAUUAAGGAACAUUAGGACUCACUUGUGAGCUAGUUAAAUGACUUCCUGAACACAGUCAGAAAGAUGGAGAUAGAUACAGGAACCUAUUUACUGUCAUUUAAGAUAGCUUUCCAUGCCCAACUUUUGCUGAAUUAUAAUUCUUUAAAGCUUUUAUUUAUUCAUGUCUUGUUAACUUUUGCCUAUUGUUUCAUUGCAUAUGAACUUUAUUUCGAAACAAGAUACAUAAGGUUUCUGCUAAAAAAUAUUGUGUAAUUUUUUUUAUUGAGUUCUUCAAUUUUUUGCUGAUUAAGAAAUUGAUAUGACAUUGUCUCAUGAUUGAACUGCCAUUUUUUUUUGUCAAUGAUUAAUUACUAUUGAACACCCAACCUCAUUAAAGAUAUUGUAAGUUUUCAUUAAUCAAUGAUUGUAACCUGAUUGUUCUGUUUCUUAUCUAUUGCCAGUAUUGGUGAAGAUUGGUAAAGAUUCAAGAAUUAGGUAUUCACUCACAUUUUUUGUACUCCAUCUUACAAACAUGGCUGCUGAAAAGCAAAACUUGGCAUUGGGUUUAAUAAUAUAUCCCAAAUGACAAGAGAUAGAACUGAAAAAUCUAAAAUCGACUGAAAUUUACUGAAACAAUUAAGGAAUACCUUUACUUUUAUCAUUUCUUUUUGCAAUAAAUGCCUGCAUUACAGAUUCUGAAUUUGUUUUUCCCAAAACUGUGGAUGCCUAUAAAUGUGAGUAGGUCCAAUAAUUAUAUCAAACUUUAAUGUGAAGAAUGAAUGUUAAAUUAAAAGAAAACAAAAAUGACUGUAUUUAACAAAUUAUAUUUUCAAUAUAUUGCAUAUUGAUUUUUCUUUCCAAAAAAAUAUUUGUCUCCAACUAAAAAAAUUGUUUACUCUUAAUUGCACUAAAGUAUUUGAAAUGUCAUUUUUAAGUACUUGUUACAUAUUUGUUUCCUUGUUGAUAACAUGAACAUACAGAUCACAUAACUGCCUAGAACUCCACUUUGCUCCCAUUAUUUUACAGUUGUAUUAUGGAGUAAACGAAUAUCUUGUGAGCAAACCAAACAGAAAGGGUUUUACUUUCUAUGUAGCUUGAUGGAAUGACAGUAAUAUUGAAUAUGUUGUGGUGUUGGUCCUGUAUACACAUUGAUCUCCAGUGUUUGUCAUUUAUGUAUCUUUGUUAUAUGAACAAUCAUGAGGAAAAUGUGUUAUCUGUUGAAAGAUAAUAAUAAAAAUGCUAAAAAUAUA